AUGGCCUCCACAAACAAACCAUCAUUCUCCAAAACCAAACCCCGCUUCGCACAAUACCAGCUCCGCGAAACCAUAAAAGCAAUCCGCCCGGUCGAGAUGCGGACCGCUAUAACAAAACUCUGCAUGCAAAUGCCAGAAGCUGCCAAACUCCUCUCCUCAUUGCUUUUUCUGCCCCCUCCUAUCGUUAGCUCGCCUACUUUUAAGAUCCGCCACUUCACCUCUGUGCCUUCGUCGAGGAGGAAGACCGUAGCGGCGAAAGCUGUACGGAACUAUGGCACGGUGCUCCAAGGGUCGAGGCCUGCUGAAAUGGAUUUGAUGGAGUCAGUGGAGGUCUGUGAGGAAGUGUUGGAGAUAAAAACUCCUAGACUAGCAUCACCAUCGAAAUAUCAGCCCCGUCCUAUCCCACGUUCAGUAUCAUCUAUCUCAGAAACACAAGUCUUCUCUACAGCGACGUCGAGGCCAAGUUCUCAGAAAGUCACAUCACAGGAGUCAGCGAAAGUUCACCACCUAUCCUUGAAUUAUCGAACGCCCCCGUCCUUAUCAGCCUCCCUAUCAUCAGCAACUGGUAUCGAUACAUCGUCCAAACGAUCAAAACCGAGUCCUCGAAAAGUAAUGGCGAGGAUUGCGGCGAAGGAAGGAGUUCGGUACCCGACUGUAUCUGAGCUUGAGGAGAGCUUGAAGAGGAAGUGGUCUCCGGCUCCGCAUUGUGACAGGGCGGAUUCAGAUGAAUCUGAUUGUUGGAGUAAGGAGAAGAGGAUGGAGAGAGCGAGGAAAUUUAAUGCUGGGAGUGAAUUUGGAUUGAAAAAUUAG